AUGCUUUCUUGCCAUCAUUUAACAAACACAGAGAUACAAAUGGAUAAGGAUGAUAAACCUACAUUACUUAAGAUGUUUUGGAAUUUAUUAGUCUGUUCAUUCUAAACUGUGUUUGGUUAUGUAUGUUUAGACAUCUGUGUGAGUGUUACUUUACAUUACAUUAACAAAGGGUAAAUAAUACAUUUAUGAAAGAAUGACUUAAAUUGAUGUAGCAGGAUAUGGGUUUGCAUUGAAUUGUGUAUACAUUAUUGUAUUGCCAAUCGGAUUCGGAUUUAAUUAGUCUCUAAACAUGCAUACAGCAUAAGCAAUAGGUGACGGAAAACACUAACUUGCCAAACGAUUUUUUAAUGUCAAUUUAUAUGUGAUGCUUAUGUUUCUGAUUCCAUUUUCGGGAAUUUUAAUAGCAAUCAAAAAACCGUUUAGCCUAAUCGUAGAAGAGUCUUAGAGAGAGUAAACAGCUGAUUGCGCCUGGUAGUAUUUAUGGUUUCUGAUUCCAGCCAUAAUUUUAGCAAUCAUUUUUGAAAGUAUUAAGAUUUUUAUGGCAUCAUACAAAAUUACAUACCCAUUUGCCAUUAUUCAUUUUAUCACUUUGCUUUUACAUUGGCUAUUUAGUUGGUUAUUUAUAANUCAUUCUAUAAUUCAGUUUUUCUAAUUUUAUUAGAGAUUCUUAUUAAUAUAUUUGUAAAUCAUAAACUUAUUGAUAUCAUCUAAAAUUUUUUAUCUUUAUUCAAACUCAUUAUACUAAUUGAACUGA